CAUCCGGUCACUGCCAUUAUUAAUCUGCCCAGUCCUCCGCCGGUCAAUCUGUCAGGGUGAUAUGUUUAAAAGGGUCCUUGCUCCUCAACGUCUAUCCCAGAGAUUACUCUUGACCACUCCUCUUCGCCAUCAGACAGUCCCUCGCACUUUCCAUAGCUCAAUUGAUCCGCAAUCCAGACGAACAAUGGCCGAGAUGAGCAAGGUGUUUACCACGGAGGCUUGUCCCCCCGCUGGCCCUUAUUCUCAAGCCAUCAAAGCCAAUGGCCAGAUCUUCGUCUCCGGCCAAAUUCCUUUCGAUAGCAGCGCCAAGCAUGUUGGCGGCACCAUCGCCGAGCAGACUGAGCAGUGCUGCAAGAACGUCGCUGCCGUUCUGGCCGCUGCGGGAUCAUCACUCGACAAGGUCGUCAAGGUUAAUGUCUUCCUCGUCGACAUGGGCGAUUUCAAAGAGAUGAAUGGUGUGUUUGAGAAGUACUUCGCGCACAAACCUGCUCGCAGCUGUGUCGCUGUGCGCGAGCUCCCAGCGAAAGUCCCUGUCGAGAUCGAGUGCAUUGCACUGGCAUAAACUAAGCAUGACUGGACUACCUGCUCACAUCGACGGGAAAUUCUACGUGGCAGGAACCGAAUGAAUGUAUAUACAAUUAUGUACUGCUAGGUCCGUAUACAUACAAAGCAGCAGUAGAGCCGCGAGCGACCACAUUACGCAAAUUUUAGUAUCAUUAGUGUCGUAACCAUUAAUUGGCGAUAGAAAACUCUUAUCACUAGCUUAACACACUGCACCUUGGAUAUCAUAAAGACAUUGCCCUUAAAAGCGCAAGAAAAGGCAACAAAAAUGACGA